UAUUUCGUGUCUUUCUAAAUCAGUAAAAAACCCUUAAAUCACACCACAAAAGAAGUCAUACGCUGAUAUUCCUCUGACAGACACACACACGUUUCUGAAUCAUAGGAAAUGUGUCCACUCAGGUUCAUUCUCAUAUUCCUGUCGGCAACUCUUGCUGGCUUCUUGGUCCUCAGAAACCUGGGAUGGCAACCUGACCACAUCACUGACACUGAGUUGGAGGACGCAAACAAUGAAGAUGAUCACACCACCCUAACCUCAGAUGCUGCUUCUCCUUCCUUAAACAAUGCAACUUCCAUGGUUCAGGGUGCAUUGCUAUCUGGGUUCUGGAACCUCCUUGACAUGGCUAGCGGUCGCUAUCUUUGGAAGCAAUUGGUCUCAUCCUCUUCCCCAAAGCCUGAAUGAACGGUCACUUGACAUGGAAUAUAUAUAGUUUUAAUGGUAAUAAUUAAUCAUAACAUAGAUGCAAUAAUCAUGAUUCAUGACAUGUGGUUUAGACUUCUCUUCUAGUAAUUGCUUUUUGCUUUUCUUUAUGUAAAGUUGUAAAUGGAAUACCAACGUUGUGCAGUAUAUCAGCAGUUGGUUGGUAGUUAACCAUGUCUCUUAUAUAAAUCACCAUGGAUAUGCUGAAA